AGAUCAGAUGGUUGUGUUCUUGUUUUUAGUUAAUAAAUUUAGUUUAUGUAUGAAUGAUAUUUCUUUCCUUAUGCAUAACGUUCAAUAGACCCUCGAAGACACGGGGGCCUAAAAGUGGUGACCCGUUUGGACAUAGAACACGUAUAGUCUGCAAAUAGAAUGUGUUUCUUUCAUGGUGGUGUCAACUGGCGUUCAGUAAGCUUAUUCUACGACGUAAAUAUGGUCAUUUAUUUCAAAUAUUAGAUGAAAUUUAAAUUUAUAAAUGCUUAAGAUAAUGCAAAUUUUUUAAUAUUUCUAUAAAGUUAAUUGAACUUUUUAAAAUAUUCUGUCAUUAUAUUUGACAUUUAAUAACUACUUUUCAAUUUCGUAAACUUUGUUACUCUAAUCUUAAUUUACUAUAAAUUUCAAUUACAAUGUGUGAAAAGCAAUGAAUUUUUAAUUAGAGUAUAAGAAAUACAAUUAAUUAGUUUCAACUUUAUCACUUACAAUAAUUUUAAUUUAAAAUGAAGUAUUCUUCAACUGUAUUUUGCAUUCUUUCUCAAAAUGCAUUUAUUAACUUAUGUUUGAUAUACUUCGAUUAGAAAUUUUAAUUUGUGAUUUAUUGUGCAUGCCUUUUACUUUUUGCUCUCUGACUCGCUCAUAUAAACAAAAUGCCUGACGAAAUUACUGCUUCUGAAAGCGUGGCAGAUGUUGCUCGCGUCGCUUUUAAAGCACCCCCGUUUUGGCGCGCUAAUCCAGAAGUGUGGUUUAUUCAAUUGGAAUCUCAGUUUGUCGUAUCUGGGAUAAGCGCCGACGACACAAAAUAUCACUGCGUUGUGUCUGCUCUAGAUGGAGACGUUCUAACUUUAAUUUCGGAUAUUAUUCGGCAGCCACCUACUGAUAAUAAAUAUGAAACGAUUAAAAAUAGAAUAAUUGCAAACUAUGCAGAUUCCGAAACUGCUCGUUUGAAAAUGCUUCUUAAAGACUUAGAAUUGGGAGAUAAACGACCUUCUCACUUAUUACGCUCCAUGCAAGAUCUCGCUGGUAAUUCUAUAAGCACAGAAAUUUUACGUUCACUUUUUCUUCAGCGUUUACCGGUCUCCGUGCAACAAAUUCUUUCAGUUUGCAUGGAAAAAGGUGAGCAAAAUUUAUCUCUCCUAGCCGAGAAAGCCGAUAAAAUUUUGGAAGUAACUCAAAAUUCAUUGACAGUUAAUUCUAUAAAUGUGACAGAUGACAAUUCGCGUUUUCAAAAAUUGGAGGAUGAAAUUCGUAAACUUUCCGAGACCGUUACACGUUUGUCUAGACAACAAUAUCGGAAUAAAAAUAAAUUUAGCACACGUAGACAAGGUUCUCGUUCAAGGUCGACACAGCGCACUGUGGCUGGACCUCUAUGCUGGUAUCACUAUAAAUUCGGUACUAAAGCUAAUAAAUGCAUUCCUCCUUGCAAUUACGCUCAAAAUUCGGAAAACUGAUUGGACCCUCUGUUCAUGCGACGGCAGAUAUAGGUCCUAGUCAAAGUCGCCUAUUUGUAUACGACAGACUCACCAACCGCCAGUUUCUUAUAGACACCGGGGCUUCUGUUUCAGUUAUUCCAAAAACACAUCUGCAGAAAAAUUUAAUUUCUAAUAAAUCUUU